AUGAACGUCAUCAAGCUGCAGAGGAAAUAUCCCCAAUUCCAGCAAGCGGACAUCUUCGGCCUGCAGGAUGCCUUUCGCAAGCUCGACAUCGACGACAAGGGCUAUCUCGACGAGGCCACGGUCAUCAAGGCGACGCAGCAGACGGAGCACCAGCCGUACGAUGUGGUGCGCCAGGCCCUGAAAGAGGUGGAGCUAGACAGCUCGAGGAGAGUCGAACUGGAAGACUAUGUUGAUCUCAUUUCCAAGCUCCGCGAGUCCUCGCCCGCCCAGCAGCGCAUGAAUACGGGCCCCAGCCGCCCGCGAGCGGGCACAGGCAGUACGCCUUCUACACCCGGCCACGCCCACAAGAGCAGCCACGGUGGCGGCAGGAUCCAGGUCCAGGGCUCCUCUGCGAACGUUACGCACACCAUUAACGAAGAUGAGCGAACCGAGUUCACGCGCCACAUCAACGCCGUCCUCGCCGGCGACCCGGAUAUUGGCGACCGACUCCCCUUCCCGACCGACACUUUUGAGAUGUUCGACGCGUGCAAGGACGGCCUGGUGCUGUGCAAACUGAUCAACGACAGCGUGCCCGACACCAUCGACGAGCGUGUGCUGAACAAGCCGGGAAGGAAAAUCAAGUCGCUGAACGCCUUCCACAUGACGGAGAACAACAACAUUGUCAUUGAGUCGGCUAAGGGUAUCGGUUGCUCGGUCGUGAACAUUGGCAGCGGAGACAUUAUUGAGGUGCGAGAGCAUCUGAUUCUGGGCUUGAUUUGGCAGGUUAUUCGACGAGGUCUGCUCGGAAAGAUUGAUAUCAAGCUGCACCCGGAGCUGUACCGACUUUUGGAGGACGACGAGACGCUGGAGCAAUUUUUGCGCCUGCCCCCAGAGCAGAUUCUGCUGCGAUGGUUCAACUACCACCUGAAGAACGCGAAAUGGCACAGGAAGGUCACCAACUUCUCUACUGACGUAAAAGACGGCGAGAACUACACGGUCCUCCUCAACCAGCUGGCUCCGGAUAUGUGCUCCCGCGCGCCCCUUCAGACCCGCGAUCUCCACCAACGCGCCGAGCAGGUCCUCCAGAAUGCCGACAAUCUCGGUUGCCGCAAGUUCUUGACUCCGACCGCGCUCGUGGCUGGAAACCCUAAGCUCAAUCUCGCCUUUGUCGCCAAUCUCUUCAACACGCACCCCGGCCUGGAUCCCAUCACCGAAGAAGAGAAGGCAGAUAUUGAAGACUUUGAUGCAGAAGGCGAGCGUGAAGCGCGUGUUUUCACAUUGUGGCUCAACUCCUUGGACGUCCAACCCGUUGUGCAAUCGUUCUUCGAGGAUCUGAAGGACGGCACUGUUCUCUUGCAAGCCUACGACAAGGUCAUCCCCGGCAGCGUGAACUGGCGCCACGUCAACAAGCCCCGGCCGGACGGUGAACUGAUGCGUUUCAAGGCUCUCGAGAAUACCAAUUAUGCUGUUGAACUCGGAAAGGCGAACUCGUUCUCUCUCCCCGGCAUACAAGGCGCAGACAUCACUGAUGGGCAGCGCACUCUGACACUGGGGCUUGUGUGGCAACUGAUGAGAAAGGAUAUCGUCAACACGCUCAAGGGCCUCGCUCAGCGCCUCGGAAAGCGCGAAAUUUCAGACCAGGACAUGAUCCGCUGGGCGAACGACAUGGCGCGGAAGGGCGGCAAGGGCGCGCAAAUUCGGUCCUUCAAGGAUUCCGGCCUUUCGAACGCUAUCUUCCUGCUCGACGUCCUGUCUGGCAUGAAGAGCAGCUACGUCGACUACGAUCUCGUCGUCCCCGGCCGCAAUGACGAUGAGUGCUACCAGAAUGCCAAGCUGGCCAUCAGCAUUGCGCGAAAGAUGGGGGCGACGAUUUGGCUCGUGCCCGAGGAUAUUGUGGCGGUGCAGAGCCGUUUGAUUACGACGUUUAUUGGCAGUCUGAUGGCUACCCAUGAGAGGAUGGGUGGGCACUAA